AUGGUAAAGAAUCUGCCUGCAAAGCAGGAGACCUGGGUUCAAUCCCUCAGUCAGGAAGAUCGCCUGGAAAAGGGCAUGGCAACCCACUCCAGUAUUCUUGCCUGGAGAAUCCCAUGCACAGAGGAGCCUGGCAGGCUACAGCGCAUAGGGUUGCAAAGAGCUGGAUACGAUUUAGCGACUAACACUUUCACAUUUUCACUGUUCAAAAGCUACUUGGCACAAAAGGAGGAGUCUGAACUUAUGGAGAUAUGUAGAUUUGGGAUUGAAUUACAGAUCUUCCACUUAGCAGCCAUUAAAUCUUGA